GGUGUGAAACAAGACGUACAAGAGGGUCGGAGCAGCUACUCAAAUGGAGCAACAGAAACAGUCAUGGAUUACGUUUAUCUGCAUUUUAUUCUCCAUUUCAGGAAAGUGAUUCAAUUUAGCAUGGGAAUAUUAGUGUUUCGUUUGCACUAACGUGAAGCUGUUCAGCUGGAUGACGUAUGGAUAAAGCCCUGCCCGAUGUUACCCUUUGAUGUGUGUGUUUGCAACAAGUCAAGAUGACUGAUCUCACUGAAAUAUCUCUGGACUCAGAAACGGAUAUUUACAAGAAUGUGUACUGCAAUCCCGCCUUUGAGCCGGAGAAUGAGAGUGAGGAGACGAGGCAGGAGUAUAAAACGCAUAUUCCCACACCAGACACUCACAGGCUGCCAGACCCAAGACCUCCGUCACACGUGUGUUGUUUCCCAUGUUCCCCAGUCCUGCAGAGUAACGGUGGGCUGCGUCUGCGUCUGUGUGCGGUGCCGGGCCUGAGGGGGCCGUGGUGCGGCUGGGGACUGGCCGUGAUGGCGGCCGGAGCUCUGCUCUUCCUCACCGCUCUGGCACUCACUCUCAUCCUCAUCCUCACGCAACUGAAUGGACCUCCUUCAGAACCGGGUCAGGUGGAUCCACCUCUGGAUCUGCUAAGCGACGAUGGUCAACCGCACGGCAGCCCACCCCGACCCACUACCCACCCACAAACCCUCAGCCCCCAGCCUGAGCUCGCCGGGAGGGACCCCACCUCCCCUACCAAGUGUGGGGGCGUCCUUGUGGAGGCGGACGGCUCCUUCAGCUCCCCUAACCACCCGGGCUCCUACCCGGCCGACCUGCUGUGCGUCUGGGUGAUCCGGGUGCCGGCCCCUGGGCUCGUCCAGCUGCACGUGUCAUCGCUGGACAUCGAGGGGCCCUCGCCCUGCCUCUUCGACUGGCUGGAGGUCCGGGAAGAGACCGAACAGACCUCUACCGUCACAAGGUUCUGUGGAAAUGUGGCCCCGCCCACUCUCAACACCAAUAGCAGCACGGUGUGGGUCAGCUUCCGGUCGGAUGGGAGCAUCGCCAGGAACGGCUUCAUCGCCCAGUACCACUCCAUCCUACCUGGACACAAGAGCUGCUCGAGGGAAGAGUUCAUGUGUGACAACGGCCGCUGCCUCCUACCUGUGUCUGUCUGCGAUGGCCAGCCAAACUGUCAGGACCAGUCAGACGAAUCCAACUGCAGUCACAAACACAAGGAAUGUGGAGGCCAGAAGAAUGGAUUGUAUGGCUCCUUCUCCAGCCCCAACCACCCCAAGCCCUACCCCCACCAGCAGCACUGUACAUGGCAUAUAUUCGUAGAGGAUGGGCAUGUCAUCAGACUGAGCUUCCAAAACUUCAGCCUUGAGACUCAGGACGUGUGUGAGUUUGACUAUGUGGAGGUCCACGACAGCGCAGAUACUGGAGACGACAGCGUUCUUGGCCGGUUUUGCGGCUCGGGGCUGCCUCCGGAGCUGACCUCCUCUGGGCCGGUGAUGACUGUGGUGUUUGUGGCUGACGAAGGAGUGGCAGACAGUGGCUUCUACGCUGCCUAUCAGGCCAUACCCCUGUCAGAGAGGACGUGCAGCUCUGCCCAGUUUGCGUGUGGUAGUGGGGAGUGCCUGCACCCGGAGUGGCUGUGUGAUGGCUGGAAUGACUGUGCAGAUGGAGCAGACGAGUUAGAUUGCGCUAACUCCACCUACCCACCUAUCACGUCCACCUGUGAGUCUAUCGAGGUGGAGAUGUGCCAGGGCCUGUCCUACAACCAGACCUCCUUCCCCAACAUCUGGCUCUCCAUCGCAGACCAGCGUGAGGCCACCAUCAUGCUGCGACAGUACCGAGUGCUGAUGGAGCUGGCGUGCUUCGAGCCGCUGCGUAAGCUGGUGUGCGGCAUGUUCGUGCCCCAGUGCAGCCCCCGGGGGGGCGUGCUGCAGCCGUGCUGGUCGGUGUGCUCGGCCGCGGAGCAGCAGUGUAGCCAGGCCCUACAGCUCUUCUCCCUCAGCUGGCCCUUUAACUGCCACCUGCUGCCGGACUCGGACGACCCCGUGGAAUGCUCUCUGCCAUGAUGACCCCCUCGAAUGCUUUCUGCUAUGACCUCACGUCACGUGAUGGGUGUGGUGUGGUGUGCCAUGGGCAUCAUCAGGACCGUGCAAAGACCUUAGGAGGGGCAACGGCUCAGAUUUUCAAAAGAGGAGCAUGUAAAAAUAACAAAACACCAAAAACAAAAAACAGCAAUGUGAAAAGGGCACUUUAGACAUCAAAGACUAAAAGGUCGGGGGCUAGAACAUGCUCAUGCCCGGAUGUCAUGAGGCCUCAUCAAACCAACUUACAUAAAGAUGUGCUGCUGUGUGUCUGUGGUGGACAUGCAUGACCAUGGGCCAUGGGGAUUGGAUUUAGGAUGGAUUGACUUUGGAUCCAGUGGAGUCCUCUCUCCCUCUCUCCUAUGAUAUGGCGGACAUUGCGGGCAUGACCUACCAUGUCGCCUGUAAGGAAGGCGGUACACUAAUACUGUGGUGUGGACUGACUGAUGGGUGGGGUGGGGUUGGAUAAUUCACGACUCAUGUGGACGUCCACCAGUAACCAGUACAGUUUGGGGGGAUGGGGUUGGUAAAGACAGUUCCCGGGUCCCCGAGAAGUGAAUACAGAAGGGGCCUAAUGGGGAAUAUGAUGUGUUAUGAUGAGCCAUGGUGAGCCAAACAUGACUGACCUCCGAAAGGCAAAUCCUUUAGUGUACUGUA